CUUACUUAAUUCAUACACGCUCGAUAUGUACAAUUUCUCAGUGAAAUAUAAACAUUACGUUACGUAUGAUAUUCAAAUUCUUUCAUUACACCAAACACUAAGUGCUAAUGCAGAAUAAACAUAACAUAUUUACCGGAAUAAUAAUGAGUUGUGAACAGUUUUGGAAUUCAGAGAUUAACAGUACACCUAUUUCGAUAGAAUGAAGCACCGUAGUAACAUUUGCCUAAUAAUUGUUUUUUGCAAUUUAAUUUCUUAUUCUCAAUCGUGGAAACCUCCCAUAAUAUGGGAAGAAGGCAUCAACUGGGUUCAGAUGGUUGUUGGAAUUGGAAUACCUGUAGAUUUGAAGGAUGCAACUAUAACCAUUGGUAGCGCAGCUAAAGCUUAUUAUUUACUGCCAACCAACACCUCAAAUACUGAUUACACAACGUAUGAAAGAACACAGGGACGCUCUUUGCUUCGGCAAAGAAUAUACUCUACUGUCGAAGAUAUUUUGCAAAGGUAUGGUUUUGGUGACGGUAAAUCAUGCUUAUUGAAAUUGAUUUGUGAUUAUUCCAAAAAAGAAACUGGAAAAAAUACGCUAAUAUCUAAAGUUGUGGACAUAAUAUUGAGACCAUCGUCCACAACUGACGAAACUAAAGAAAAUAUCUAUUUCUCAGCUGAAAAUAUGGGAGCAGCAAAUAUGGAUUGCAGUUAUUUAUUUCCUGAAUGUGAACAUGACAUAAUAAACACUUUUCUCAAAGAAUAUAUAUUUCCAGAAUAAAAUUCAAAAAUGGGAAUUUUCAAGCGUAUUUUCUUUUAGACGGUGAAGAUACAAUACAAUGGGUGAAAUUUUUUAGAGAAAUUAACGAGUUAAAAUAAUACUAUCUAAUGUUUUCCAAAAGAUUUUCACUUAAUUGUAUUUCAAUCAUAUAAAUAAAGUUAAAGUUAUCGUUUUAACGUU